GUUUAGGAUACACCACUAAUCGCCGAACUUUUGCAACACUUGAAUAUUCGACGCCGUUUACAAAAUCUUUAAACAGGAAAAGCCAAAUCUUUAAUCGUCCAGGAGUCUGGAAAAUCGUAUCCGUCUGCUCGAGCAGUUCGGGAUUUGAGAAACUUUGGAGUUAUCUAUGAUGUCUAUGUGUGGUAAUUAAAAUAAACAAUACUUGAUAUAUGUGCGCACGAAUCAUGAAACGCAGGCGGGCAAUUUCGGCGGCGGAGGAUCAGGAGCAUGCAGGGGAGGAGGUGGCACAACGUCCUCAGCAACCACAACAACAAUAUGCUGACUCUCGUUUCACCCGAAAUCCAGCGGUUCGUCGGAUUUCCCUGAACGAUUAUAUGGUCAUGUCGCGCCAAUUGCAAAUCAAUCGCAUUGGCCAGAACAAUCAGAAUAAGGGGGUGGCCAAGAUGCUGGUCCUCAAGGAGAAUGGUCCGCAAAAGAUCAUCACCAUGACGCUGCCCAGUGUAUCCUUCACGGUUCAGGAUAUCCUACAGCAGGUGGGCUAUGAGUUCGAUGAGAACACCACCAUCGAUUGCCUGGAGAAUCCAUCUGGUAAUAUCCAUGUGGUGGUCUCCGUUGGCUUCACCAUGACAGCCACCGCUGCCGAGAUGGCUGCCCAUGCGGACGAGAUUAGCAGAGAGCAGCAAGCUGCCACCAGCAGGGUGGAGAAACCCGAGGAACCGCCAACUGAUCGAAUGGAUGCCCAUUGUCAAGCAGCGAGUAAUCAGUCGCAGGUGCCAGGAGUUGGUACAGCCGGCAAGCGACUUCAACUUGAGGAGAACAACUCUACCACUGGUGGUAGACCAGAAGCUUCUCCAAAAAACCCGAAGAGCUCAACACCCCCAAAGAAAUUAAGCCACAGCAGCGACUCCAAGUCAAAGCCUGCAACGCAAGCUGUUCAAUUCCUGUCUGCUGUCAGUUGUAGUUCGAGUAGAGCCCCAAUUUCAAUAUCAGAAAUGGCAGAGCAAAGGCGUUUGCGCAGGGAUCGCAGGUAUCUGCCAAGCCGGUACUUUGACGAUGACGAUGAUGACGAUGACAAUGAUGAGGAUGAGGAUGGUGUGGUGCUCCUAAGCAGCGACGAGGAUGAGGAGACCAACAUCGACGAGAGGCAAACGGAGAGGAAUGCCGCCGAUGCGGAGAGACUGAAACUGAUGGAAGAGACGUCGCAGGAUAAGAAGCCGCGUCAGCUGUCCGCCGACGAGGAUCUGACUUUGCUAAUCUAUCCGCCCAAGGGCACCGGCGGCCUGUGCAUCACCAUGAAGGAUUAUGUGUGCCUCAGCAGCGGCAAUUAUUUAAAUGACAUUAUCAUAGACUUUUAUCUGCUUUGGCUAAAGAAUACGGUGAUACCAGAGGCUCAACGCGACCGGACACAUAUAUUCAGCACAUUUUUCCACAAGCGUUUGACGACUUUGACGCGUCCGAUGAACAUGAAACAGACGGCCGCCCAAAAGCGUCACGAAAGGGUGCAAAAAUGGACACGAACUGUGGACAUUUUUGACAAGGAUUUCAUAAUAAUACCCUUCAACCAUCAGGCCCAUUGGAUUCUGGCAAUUAUAUGCUUUCCCAGUCUUAGGGGCUCGGUGCCAUAUGAUGGUCAUGGUGAUGGUGGCGGUGGCGGUGGAGGUAAAGGUAAGGAUGAGGAUUUGACGGAUGACAAACCGGUGAAGCAACCUGUGAUCCUCAUCUUUGAUUCGUUGGCGGGCACUUCACGUAAUCGUGUGAUAGCCAUACUGCGUGAUUAUCUCACCUGUGAGUACCAGGCAAAGAAGCCGAAUGCGCAGGCGCACAUCUUCAACAAGGAUAACAUGCCCGGGCAUCGUGUCGAGGUGCCUCAGCAGGAGAAUCUCACCGAUUGCGGCCUCUAUCUGCUGCAAUAUGUGGAGCAAUUCUUUACCAAGCCGAUCAGAGACUACCGACUGCCCAUCAAGGAGCUGAGCAACUGGUUCGACCUGCUCACGGUCACCAAGAAACGCGAGGAUAUUGCCAAUCUCAUCCAGCGUCUGAUGGACGAGGGUAAUCAACAGCAGCAGCAGCAGCAGCAGCAGCGGCGGCGCAUUCUGCCCGUUAUCAAAUUUCCCACACUUAAUGGUCAAAUGGUUAAGGACUGAGGUCGUAAAGGAUAAUUUUGUUCAACACAAAAGGGUAUAAUGAUAGCCAAAAUUUGUUUGUAUAAAUUCAUUAACUUCGCAGGCAUUAUUUGCCUAUCAAAAUUUGUAAAUUUGUAAACUCCCCAAGCGUUACUUACCUAUCAGCAAUAUACUCGAUUUGAAAUUACCCUUUACGACUGCGUUUGCCAAUCGACACAAUAAAAGUGAAGUAAAAUAGAA